CAAGGGAGGGAGCGGGGGCGGGGCCGGGGGAGGGAGAUACGAAGUCGCCUUCAUCUCCAUCUGCAGCUCCGGCGUGCUGUGGGAGAUUGAGAGAAAGCGGCGUUGGAAGCCGCUCAGCGAGAAGCUGAGCCAGCGCCUGGAGGCCGCCUUCAGCGCGGAGCAGCAGCAGCAGGAGCAGCAGCAGGAGCAGCAGCAGGAGCAGCAGGGGCAGCAGGGGCAGCAGCAGCAGGGGCAGCAGGAGCAGCAGGAGCAGCAGGGGCAGCAGUGGAGGAGGAGGAGGGCAGCAAGGGUCACCGUGGGGGAGGCAGAGUUCGACAUUGACAGCAUGCUGAGCCUGAGGCCUGUCAAGGCCUCAAUCCGCCGCUCGUUUAUGCCGGCCCUGAGACUUGACUUUGAGACGGACGCCCGGCACAGCAGCCUCCGGACUCAGCUGUACCGCUUACAGGUGGACAAUCAGCUAAUGGGAGCCGUGUUUCCUGUUGUGUUUCACCCCGUGGCACCGCCACCAUCAAUCGCUCUCGACUCUGCUCCCAGGCCGUUUGUGGAUAUUAGCUUCAUCGCCAAACGCAACAAGAGGAGUGACCUGGUGCAAAUCACCUACUGUGUGAUGCUGGUGCAGGAGAUGAAUCUGUCCGUCGACGUCGGAUUCGUCACCGAACUGCUCAGAAUAUUUUACCCAGAGGCACCCGGCGGGAUCACAGAGGAAGAGAGGCUCGAGAAGUUCUCCCGUGAUCUCGAGUUUCUCCGCUGGGACUUUGCGGACAGUUUGGAGGUUCCGCCCGGGGUGGUUGCCUACAUCGAGUUCCUGCACGUCUCUCCCCUCAAGCUCCACCUGUCUCUCUCUCUGACCGCUGGUGCCGAGGAGAGGAAGCGUGGAGGAGGAGGUGCCGGUGAAGGAGCUGAACUUCCCAUCGAGAGCCUGAACAUUCUGCUUCAGAACAUCGGAGCUACACUCACAGACACCCACGGACUGGUGUUCAAGAUGGCCUAUUUCCAAGUGAGUUAUGAGUUCUCAACGCUGCAGAAACUCCUCGCUGAUGCUACAAAGCACUACACCAAUCAGUUUAUCAGACAGGCGUAUGUGCUGCUGCUGGGUCUGGACGUGAUGGGUAACCCGGUGGCACUCCUACGUGGACUCUCAGAGGGAGUUGAAAGCCUCUUUUACGAACCUUACCAGGGAGCGAUCCACGGUCCGGAGGAGUUUGUUGAGGGAGUGGCGAUGGGAGUGAAAAGUUUCCUGGGCCACGCCGUGGGUGGUGCAGCUGGUAUGGCCUCCCUGAUCACGGGCAGUGUGGGUAAAGGCCUCGCCGCGGUGACGCUGGACGAGGAGUUUCAGCGCCAGCGCCGUGCCGACCGCAACCGGCCGGCGGGCGACCUCAAGGAGAGUCUGGCGCGGGGCGGCAAGGGCCUGCUCAAGGGUGUUGUGGGUGGAGUGACUGGGAUCUUUACAAAACCUGUAGAAGGUGCUAGACAAGAUGGUGCUGCAGGCUUCUUCAGGGGCGUGGCCAAGGGCCUCGUGGGGGCCGUCACCAAACCCACGGGGGGGGUCGUGGACAUGGCGAGCAGCACCCUGGACGGGAUCAAGAGGGUGGCUGAGUCUGUGGAGGAGGUGUACAGGGUUCGUCCUCCGCGCGUCAUUCACCCUGACGGACUUGUCCGUCCCUACUGCCUGCGCGAGAGCACGGGGAACCAAGUGCUGCAGAGGGUGAGUGGUGGACGCUACGGGAUGACUGAUGAGUACCGCUCCCACGUGGCUCUGGCUCCCAACAUGAAGAAGUCUCUCUUCAUCACCAGCAGGAGGGUGAUGUACAUCACCAAGGACUUGCUGGACCAGUACAACACUGAGUGGGACCAUCCACACGGUGAUGUGAAGUCAGCCACUCGCAGCCAGAACACCAUCACCAUCACCCUCAAGGAGGCUCGCCGUGUGGGCGUGAACUUGCGCACCCACGAGACUGUGACCCUGCACAGUCACCAUGCCGCUCAGUGGGUUCUCGACAAGAUAUCCGAGGCCCGUGCAGCGUGGGAUGCAGACUCUGUACGGGAGAUGAGUACCGCUGGAUUCAGAACAGCCUGACUCACUCAGCCUGACUCACUGAGCCUGACUCACUCACUCACUCAGCCUGACUCACUCACUUAAUCUGACUCACUUAGCCUGACUCACUCACUCAGCCUGACUCACUCACUUAGCCUGACUCACUCAC